ACUAUAAAUGUCAAAAAUAAAAGGUUAUAUGUUUGUUUACAUUUUUUAUUUUUGUGUAGUCACAGAAAAAUGUAUGGAGGAUGUAAAUUGAUUUUAAUAGGUGUCCUUGCUUUUCUUGCUCUUGGUGAAGAAAUACUUGAACAUUCUAGUGAAUCUCCUAAUCUAUCAAAUGAUACAAUUGAAAGUGUAUUACCGCACAAUACUACGCUGAAUAAUGACCAGAAUGGUGACUCUACAGAAAAAGCUAACAAAACACAAAAAUUUGUUCAGUGCUUGACUGGACAAGUAAACUCCCUGGAAGUGCAACUCACCAAUGACACUGAACUGAUCAAACUCAUUCAGGUGGACCCCAAAGUAACUGACCGUGAUGGCCCAGCCUUGUGUGUACUCGUUCUGUUCUACUCAAAACACUGCCAGUUUUCAGCAAUGGCAGCCCCACACUUCAAUGCUCUGCCCAGAGCAUUCCCAGACAUCAAGAUGGUGGCUAUAAAUGCCAUCAUAUAUCGCCUAUUCAAUACUCAGAAUGGCAUAGUUGGGGUGCCUUCUCUGUUGCUUUUCCACAAUGGGAGGUCAGUGGCCAAAUUCAAUGGGACAGAGUACACACUGGACAGCUUUUCCCAAUUCAUAACGAAGCAUACAGGCAUUCCUGCUGUGGAGAAGAUGGCUGUCACUUCAGCAGACUUUUCUGGGCCUGUCACCAAUGUCCCACCAAAGGAAUAUGAUAUUUUUUUGAUUUUGUCAUGGUUGUUUAUUAUUUUUUGUGGGGGAUACUAUUUUACUCAGUCCAAGUGGUGGAGAUGGAUUGUUGAGGCUAUUAAGAGUAAUUGGAGAGAGUCUGAAGCACAUGCCCAACAUGAACAUGAUGAUUAGUGAAUGUUGGACCAAGUACUUAUGGUAGUGGAUAUGCUAUUUAAUAUUAUUUAUUGAACAUCAUGGGCCAUGAUAUGAUACUUGGAGGUAAUGAAUAUUUAUAUAAUGUCAUGAAAGACAAAGAUGGUGCAUAAAUAUUGUCAUGGUGGUAAUUAUUAUGGUCCUCAGAGCAUAUUUCAAAUGGUGAACAGGAGGUAAAUGACUGAACAUUAUCAUGUUUGAUUAUGAUUAUGAAAAGCAAAAAUAGAUAAAUAAUUUUGAAUAUAGAUUCUUUAUCUUAUAUACCAUUUUCAAUGGCUUCCUAUUUUGACAACAUUUGGAAUUGGGUUGGGGAAGUUUUUUUGACUAUUAUUGUAGUCUGUUCAGUAGUCUGUCAAUGGUUUUCAAGUCAAAACCAUAUAUAAAAGUAGUAUUUAUAUAUUUACACCUAAUUGGACAGUAUUGUAUUGUUGUUUACUUUUGUAUCAGUUCAAAAAUCCAGCACCAGAAGUCACACCCUUCCUGAUAUUAAUAAAUAUCAUUGAGUAGGUAUUCACACUAGUAAAUCUGUGUUUUCAGGGAGAGAGGAUUUUUUCAGAAAUAUGAGUAUUACUUUAAUGUUUUUCUAAUCCAAAUUAAGUGAUUUUCCAGUGUGUUUUUUGUCCCAACACCUCUAUUACUAAAUUGAGAUCAACAAUCCGUCCAACAGUGCCUAUUCUGUUGGUAUCAGUGAUUGAUGAUAAUGAUUGAUAAUAGUUUCUUUUUUUUAUCCAAUGGUGGAGCAUCAGUAGGGGGGUUAUGGGCUUCAGAAUUCCAAUAUUUAUAUAAAUAUAUAGUGGGUGUUUCCGAAACAUUGGUAACAUUUCGGGAGGUAUUCCCCGAGGCAUAUACCGGGUGGCUACGGAAGUAUUGCCUACGGAAUAUCUCAGUUAUUGUAUGAAGUAGGAUUGUGAAAUUUGGAGCGUCGAUAUAAUGACAUAUGAGCUAGAACUUGAGCACAUUGACAUGUCGAAGUUAACUUCCGGUCUGACCGGAAGUAACAUCAACUUUCUUAUUUUAAAUGGAAUCCCUAUUUUUUUUCUUUUCGCUUUAUUCAGCAUUCAAUUCCCUUUCUAAUGACAUAUCACAAGUUGGUAUCUAACCAGAAACUAGAUCAGAAAAAAAAUAUUAUUGAAAUUCACCGAGUAGGCCGUGGAAGCAAAAUGAAAGCCAAAAAUUGAAAAGUUGGCUAUGGAAACCAUACGUCACUUGAUAACAGUUGCUACUACUGUGAUAUUUUAUUUUCAUUCGUCGGCGUUAUGAAAAGCCGCCAAAAAAAAUAUUGGAAAAAUUGGGGAAAAAACAAUACUCUGUAGGUCCAUAACUUAAAUAGGAACAUACAACUUUUUCUUGCCUGUACUAUUCAGCAUAACCAUUCCUUUCUGAUGAUAUAAUAGAAAGUCAUUUUUUGAAAUGAAAUAGCAAAAAAUCCAAUUAUUAUUCUUCAAAUAACAAAAAAACAGAUUUAU